CCCCCCCCCGAGUCGGCGCCCGAGGGCAAGGGCGGCGCGGCCGGGCCGGCGGAGGCCAAGGGCGCGCCGCCGACCGCCGCGGACGCCAAGGCGGCCGCGGCGCCGCCGGCGGCGGAGGCCAAGGCGGGCGCCGCCGGGGUCGCCGCCGCCAAGGCCGCGCCGCCGCCGCUCGCCGACGUGGCGCGCGAGCUCGAGCGCCUCGGCGCGACCGCGUACGCCGCCGCCGCGAGCCGGCGCGCGGCGGCCCUGACCGUCGAGGACCUCCGGGCGAUGCGCGCGCCGGACCUCGCGCGGCUCUGCGAGGACCUGGGGUUCGGCGCCGAGGCCGCGGCGGCCUACGGCGCCAAGUUCGCCGAGCACGGCCUCGACGGCUGGGUCGCGGCCGAGGUCGACGACUGGGAGGACUACGCCGAGGUCGGGCUGUCGCGGGACCACGCGACCGUGCUGUGCUGCGUCGCGCGCGCGGCGCGGGGCCGCGCGGCCGCCGGCGCGCCGGCGGCGCCGGCGGCCGCGCCGGCGCUCUCCGACGCCGAGCGCGCGGCGCUCGCCGCCGCCGACCGCGCGGCCGCCGAGACGGGCGAGGGCGGCGUCUACGGCCAGCUGGUGGUGCUGGGCUACAAGGAGUACCGCGUGGAGGGCUCGACGUGGCACCCCGUCGGCGCGCGGAACGAAAAGUUCGCGCUCGCGCGCCGCGACGAGGCGAACGGCAUCCGGCGCGCGCGCGCGCGCGUCGGCGAGCCGCGGCGGCCGGGCGAGAAGCGGCGGUCGGCGGACGCGAGCCACUCGGUGACCAUGUCGGUCGCCGCCGGCGCGCGCGGCGCGGACGGCAAGCCGGUCGCGCGGUCGCAGCGCGUGACCGUCGAGUACGUGCCCGACGCGCGCGAGGACAUGUUCCAGCUGGGCCGCAUGAUCGUCCCGCAGAACGACUUCGUCGUCCGCGGCCCGCUGCACCUCGACGCGGGCGGCGUGCUCUGCGGGCCCGUGUCGCGGUACGCCUGCCGCCUGUCGUGCGGCCGCGCGCCGCCGUACGCGUGCCGACUCUACGCGGCGGGCUUCAACAACGAGCGCGACGUGUUCCUGAGCGAGCAGGCGCCCAAGUGGCAGCUCGCGCCGGGCGAGCGCGCGGCCGACGCGGACGACGCCGUGACGGACCCGGACGCCGAGCCCGACGCCGCGCAGUGGGACGCGCUGACGACGUUCGGCGUGCGCAUCUGGAAGCCCGAGGUCGGGGCCUGGCGCGAGGUGAGCGUCCACGGCGGCGUCCACGAGCCGCGCGCGCGCGCGGACGUCGCCGGCCGGCGGUACCCGGACGAGGACUCCGUGCUGACGAACGGCACGAUCGUUGACCUCGCGGGCAUCCAGCUGCUCUUCGAGAGCGCCGCGUCGAUGCGCGCGCACGAGCGCGCCGCGCGCCGCGGCAGCGAGCGCGGCAUCGGCGGCGACGGCCGGUCGCCGAUCCCGGGCGACCCGCGCGCCGACGCGCCCGCGCGCAUCGUCGCGCGGUUCAACGCGCGCCGGCCGCAGUGCCCGGUCCAGCUCCACACGAUCCGGCUCGAGUACGACGACGAGAAGCGCCGCGCCCUGGCGCAGGACCGGCGGCCCUACAUCUUCCCGGCGUGCGGCCACGUGCACGCGCGCGCGCCCCGCGCGGCAAGGCGUCUCCUCGCCCCGGCUGGUCCGGGAGACAUCGCUGGAAACGAGGGCCGUCCGCGAUGAGAUCGACGCUCUCUUCGUCGUCGCAGGUUCGCGCCCGAGCUCCAGCGCCUGCCGUGCCCGCUCUGCCGGACGCGCGGGCCGUUCGUCGAGCUCCGUCUCGAGUGGGAGCCCGCCAUCUGCGACGAAGAGCCCGAGGUCGCCUUUAACCCAUGCGGCCACAUCGUCUCCGAGCGCGUCGCGAACCGUGUGGCACCACGCGCCCCGGUCGCCUUCGCCGGCGCUCCGGAACGGCGUGCUCGCUCGUCGCCGAUCUCCUUCGUCGCGCAGGUCGCGCGCAAGUGGGCCGGCCUCGCGCUCCCCGACAACGCGCCGCCGAACGCGCGCUACCGGCCCAUCUGCCCGUUCUGCGCCAAGCCCCUCAAAACCGACGCGCGCGCCGGCGACCAACCGUACAGCCGCAUCCUUUUUCAGUCGGACGCCUCGCGCGACGACGUUGAGGGGUCCGACGGCGACUCGGAAAACGGCGGCUGGUCGACCGCCUCGCCGGGGCUCACAGUGCAAGACGCGACGCCCCCGGACACCGCCGAGCGCAAAAACGACCCCGGUGACGCCGACGGUGACGCCGCCUGAUCGCGAUGGAUGACGCCCGAGACGUUUCGUCACGGUUUUUUCUAAUGAGGCUUGGGGUACUAGUCGAUAUUUUUACUUGACCCAAUCAAACCAGGAGGGAGGUCG